AUGGAGGGUGAAAUCUGGAAUUUAGCUUAUGUCUGGUUUACAUUGAUGACAUCUCUCUGUUACUGCUAUUUCAUAUCUGCAAAGUUCCGAAAAGGGUUAUUCAGAUUUGUGUCUCUUAUCCCCAUUUUAUCUCUCUACGCAAGUCUCCCUCUCUCUCUAAACUCUGCCUUCCUCACAGCAGUCACAGCAUUCUUAAUCACAUGGCUCACCAGUUUCAAGCUUCUCCUCUUUGCUUUCAAUCAGGGCCCACUUUCAAUUCACCCCACAAAGCCCCCUCUCCAUACUUUCAUAGCCAUUGCUGCUCUACCCAUCAAGAUCAAGCAAAACAAGAACUUCCCAGUUUCUCAAAGUCCCAAGAAAGUACCGCUGAAUUUGGCUACUGAAACUGUUGCUUUUGCUAUAUUAAUAGCAGUAAUUCGGGAGUAUAAAGAUUGUAUUCCUCCCAAGAUUUUGUUGAUUGUAUACUGUUGUUUGGUGUUUCUGUUGAUUGAUCUGAUAGUUGCUUUAUCUAGUUUUCUUGUUCGAGUUCUUGUUGGGUUAGAGCUGGAACCACCGUCCGAUGAGCCUUAUCUGUCCACAUCUCUCCAAGAUUUUUGGGGCAGGAGGUGGAACCUCACAGUAACAAACACUCUGCGCCACACAGUAUACAAACCCGUGAGGUCAGCUGCGGCUGCUGUAUUGGGCAAUAAUUUGGCCCCGCUGCCGGCGGUGGUGGCGGCUUUUAUUGUGUCUGGUCUGAUGCACGAGCUCUUGUUCUACUAUGUCACACGGGUGAGUCCCUCGUGGGAAAUGACAUUGUUUUUUGUACUGCAUGGAGUUUGUGUGAUGGUGGAGUUAGUGUUUAAGGCGGCUUUGGGUGGCAAAUGGCGGUUGCCGUGGUUCGUUAGUGGGCCGUUGACGGUGGGAUUUGUGGUGGCCACGAGCUUUUGGCUGUUUUUUCCUCCAUUGACAAGGAACGGUGCAGAUGUUAGGGUUAUUGAAGAGUUCAGAUUUUUUGGGGAGCUUGUCAAGAAGGAGAUGCUGAAAUUCUUGGCCAGAAUUUGA